AUGGGUUCAAUUAGUGAGACCCCUGCGCAUAUGAGCACUGUUACGGUGCGUCCAACGACACCAUUAUCCACCGAACUCUCGACCGUCCCGACGCCCACUACUCUAAGCCCAGAUCAAGUGCUGAUCAAAGUCCAUGUUGCGGCAUCAAAUCCCAAAGACUGGCUGCAUUUGGUAGCAAGAAAACUAUCACUCAACUCGGGCGAUGACCUCGCCGGGACAGUCGUCGCAGUCGGGUCCAACGUAUCGCGUCUUCAAAUUGGGGCCCGCGUGGCCGCGUUCCACCCUAUGUUCGCACCCUUUGGCGCCUACGCUGAGUAUGCAGUCGCUCCUGCACACACCGUUCUGAAGAUCCCUAGGAUCAUGUCCUACGAGGAAGCAGCCACGAUUCCGCUCGUCACCGCCACUGCUGCACUGACAUUGUUCCGCCGGCAAGGCUUUCUGGCGCCAUGGGAGAUCUCGAUACCAACAUGCAAAGACUUCAACGCGAAGCCUCUUCUUAUCUACGCUGCCUCUUCUCCUCUUGGAACUUAUCUCGUCAAGCUCGCAAAAUUAGCAGGCAUUGGUCCAAUCAUUGCCAUUGGAGGUGGCAGCAGCGAGUACCUCAGGACGCUGUUAGACAACCAAGCUGGCGACGUCUUCCUGGAUUACCGCUCUGGCAUAUCCAAGGUGCAAGAAGCAGUAAGGCGUACGGUCAAGGAAACAGGGCUAACCUUGAGGAACGCGAUCGACGCCUACAGUGAAAACUCCAGCUGGGUGAAUGUUGCCCAGAUGUUGGAAGCAGGCGGGAGGGUUAGCGUCUUCUCUGGCGCAAAUAAAUACGACGAGGAGGCUAUUCCAGCCUUCACUGAGAUUAUUUACACGUUCGUCGGCUCAGCGCAUGAAGGAGCGUACAAACCAGGAAUGCCGAAACAGCCGGCCCCGGAAGAGGCGCGUGGAGACGUUGAAUUCGCGGGAAAGCUAUUUCUAUGGCUAGAAGAGGUUAUUAAACAGCGGAAGUUCGAAGGACAGCCAUUUGAUGUGGUUCCUGGGGGACUCAAAGGGGUUGAGGCAGGCUUGAAUAGGUUGAGAGACGGCAAGGCAGCGGGAAAGAAGCUCGUUUACCAGGUUGUGCCAAAUUGA